CGGAGGAAAAGGAAAAGCUCGAAGAAUGGUGCGUGUCGAAAGCCCAAUCCGCUGAGAACAUCGCCAAGGUGCUGCUGCGCAAAGUCCACCGCCUCCGCGUCGCUCUCCAGGAGAGCGAGCUCAAGAGACGGCCGGAUGCCGUUCCUAAGCCUAUGCACACUAUUAACCCACCGCCCCGCAACCCGACGCCCCGACGGCGUCCUUUUGUCCCCACGCCGGCGAAUAGAGCCGAGCCGGCGUGUUUGGACCGCUCGCACCAGGGCAUCAUCGCGGCGUUCGAGCAGAGCGUCAAACACACUACGCAAGCUAUCCGCGGCGAGGAGGCACGCGCUCGUGAGGCGGAUGGGUUGAGAGAGGAGCUCAGCGCUGCUAACAAGAUGCUUAAUGAUGAGCGUGGACUCUCCCGCGUGCUUACCAUGCAAGUCGAGGGUAUCCAGAAGGUUCUCAAUGUGCAGCAUGACGAGAUCAAGAAUCAUAAGCAGGAAAGCGCGGAUCUACGGACCCUUGUUAACGCUCUGCAGCUUGAGAAUAGUAGAUUAAUGGCCAACGAAGAGGCUGUGGGGGAGGGAGAGAGGGUGGUGGUGGAGGAGUUGGAGGGGAGGAUUGCGGGGCUUGAAAGCCAGGUUAGCGAGUCUGAGAAGUUGAAUAAGGCGUUGAAAACUCAGUUAGAUGAGGAGAUGAAGGCGAGCGAGAUGCUCCGCAGUAUGGUUAAGGAUACGGAGAAACGCGUUAAUGCGGAGUGGCAUGAUAUGUGCACCGAUUGGUGCAAGGAAUUGGGCGAGAUUAGACAGGGUAUGACUGCCUUCGAGGCUAGGUUUGUUGCGUUCCUCCAUUGGCAGCGAGCUGCUAGAGAGCAGCACCAGCAACAGCAGGAGAAUGAGGCUCCUCCCCUGCCCCUACCCUUGCCUCAGGUCCAGGUUCAGGACUUCACGGAGCUGUCAAGCCCUUCUAUGAUUGAUGCGGAAUGGGAGAGUCCCGCGCUUGCGGUUCACGUCAACAAGCCGACUACUCCGAAGCUAGACUUCGAGGCUCGCGUGAAGCAGCUCGAGCAGAAGAACCGCGAUCUCGAAAUCGAGCUGUCGAAUGUCCGACACGUGGGCGCGGAGCUCGCGGGGUUUUACCCGCUGCGCCGGUUCCAUCGCCAUGUUUCGCCUCAGAUGGAGAACCAGCAGCAGGAUCAGCAGGAUGAUGAUGACGAUGAUGUUCCGGACCUGGUGCCGAUUACCACUUCUCCGAGUUCAGCUUCGCUUUCUGCGGUUGAUGCUGCGGGGGAUUCGAAGGGGUGGAAUCUCGGGGUGCCGGAUACGGAUGAGGAGAUCCCCGAGCUGAGAUUACCGGUACGUGAUGAAUUUUUGCUAAGCCAUUUGAAUAGUGAGGAGAAUGUGGCUGACUUUCAUUUUUGCAGUCGCCUAUUACACCAUUGAUAAGGGAGGGGAGUGUUGGUGAGGCGGCGUCGGAGACUAUUGUUGCCCGGAGUUUUAGAAGCGACAGUGACGGUGGUGAUGAGAGUAUGGCAGAGAGUGGUGUGGAUGAGAAGACGGAUAAGGAGGAGGGGCAGGAAGAAGAAGUAAUGUGGGAAACCACCUCGGCUUCGGAGAUGUGUAGCGCGGACGACGAUCCCUGGUCCGAUGGAAGUGUGGCUAACUUGUUAGCGUGAGGGAGCCAGACGCGUUGAAUGCUCGGCUCUGUCUGUUUGCU